UGCCGGCUCUGAUGAUCAGUGUGCCCUUAUGAUCAGUGUAGCCCCAGCAGUGCCACCUGUCAGUGUCCAUCAGUGCCUUGUGUCAGUGCUCAUCAAUGCCUUGUGCCAGUGCCCAUCAGUGCCACAUCAAUGCCACAUAUCAGUGCCUACCAGUGCACAUCAAUGCCACAUAUCAGUGCCCAUCUGAGCUGCCUUUCAGUGUCACCCAUCAGUGCCAGUCAGUGCCACCUAUCAAUGCCAAUCAGUGCCACCUAUCAGUGCUGCCAAUCAGUGCCACCUAUCAUGUGUCCAUCAGUGCAGCCUAUCAUUGCCCAUCACUGCAGCCUCAUCAUUAGCGCACAUCAGUGAAGAGAAAAAUCACUUAUUUACAAAAUUUUAUAA